AGCUUUGGACAAGCCUUUGGAGAACGAUGCAGAGGGCGUGUGGAGCCCUGAUAUCGAGCAAAGCUUCCAGGAGGCGUUGGCCAUCUACCCUCCAUGUGGUCGCCGCAAAAUCAUCCUCUCUGACGAGGGCAAGAUGACGGAAUGAGCUAAUAGCACGCUACAUCAAACUGCGAACAGGAAAGACGCGGACGAGAAAACAGGUGUCCAGUCAUAUCCAAGUGUUGGCACGGAGGAAGGCUCGGGAGAUACAGGUGAAACUGAAGAAAGGACCAGGCAGCCAAAGACAAGGCCCUCCAAAGCAUGGCCAACAUGUCAUCAGCACAGAUCAUCUCUCCUACUGCUUUCCAAAACAAAAUGGCCCUGCAGAGCCUCUCGCGGCCCGCGUACCCGACUGCUGGUGGGUUUUGGCAUGGAGCAAUCCCUGGUCAACCAGCACCUACAGAGGACAUCAAACCAUUUUCACAACAGAACUACGUCAUGCAAGCCACAGGUCCUUCCAUCACAGGGUAUGAGAGUGCGUCAGGUCUGUCUAUGUCUCCUAGUGCCCCACCUUGGCAGGGCAGAAGUAUAGCUAGCUCUAAGCUGCGGAUGUUGGAGUUCUCUGCCUUCCUGGAGCAACCACAAGACCCUGAGAACUUCAACAAGCACUUGUUUGUGCACAUUGGUCAGUCAAAUCCAACAUACUCUGACCCUUAUUUGGAGGCUGUGGACAUCCGGCAGAUAUAUGACAAAUUCCCUGAGAAGAAAGGAGGUCUGAAGGAACUGUUUGAAAAAGGACCAGCAAAUGCUUUCUUCCUGGUCAAAUUCUGGGCAGACCUCAGCGUGAACCUCCAGGAUGACAGUAGUUUUUUCUACGGUGUCUCAAGCCAGUACGAGAGCUCCGAAAACAUGAUCAUCACUUCCUCCACUAAAGUCUGCUCCUUCGGCAAGCAGGUGGUGGAAAAAGUAGAGACGGAGUACGCACGGUUUGAGAACGGCCGAUACGUGUUUAGAAUCCACAGAUCACCUCUAUGUGAAUAUAUGAUCAACUUCAUCCACAAACUCAAACAUCUUCCAGAGAAAUACAUGAUGAACAGUGUACUGGAGAACUUCACUAUUCUACAGGUUGUUGCUAACAGGGACACUCUGGAAACUUUGCUUUGUGUGGCUUAUGUGUUCGAAGUGUCGACCAGUGAGCACGGUGCCCAGCAUCACAUCUACAGACUGGUCAAAGACUGAUACACCGAGAUUUAGGCCGUUAGACCCCUUUUUACCACUACGACAACUACUACUGCUACUACUACAGUUAAAAGCACCACAGCUCCCCCUACUGACUGCAGUCACGUGCAUCGGGGUAUUGCUGUCCAGAGGCCUGAGCAGACAAGGCAUCACUACAGGAACCUUACACAACGGGAACCAUUGGAACGCUCGAGAAUGUCAGGAGGUCACUGUGCAUGUUGUAACAGGCAUUUUGUGUUCUCUUGUGUUUUUCUUUUUGUAUAACAGAACCUCUGAUUAGAAAGAAAAUGCAUGAUGUUUUUUUUUUUUUUGCUUCUUCUUCUUUAAUCCAGUUUUAUUCAAGAGUGUUUGUUAUGUCUUUCACACAGUUGCAUGUGUGAAGCUCUGUCUGGUGCUCACCUAGUGACCACAGAUAUAUAGAGAAUCUUGUAUAGACUCCAAAGUGGAGGAAAAAAAAAAGGUACACCAAAAUGUGAUGUUUAUUUGGCUCGUUUCGUGUAUGGUCAUCUCACAAUAUUUUUAUGCAAUUAUGCAAGAGAAAUUUCGUAUUUAAUUCAAAAACUGUUUUUUGCGAGAGUAGUUUGUCAUGGCUUCGGUUUAGGAAGCUUAUGAGUUAUGAGCUGAAUCUGGUGUAUUAAAAACAUUGGAUAAAUCCU